UGCACAUAAAAUAACAGGAGCAAUAUGAGAAAGAAAAAGUGAUAACGAGACUGAUGCUGCGGGCGAUAAAUGAGUGACUACGAGUCGGACCCCGAGUCAUGUAUUUUCUGUACGAUUUCCAGUGGUCAAGAUCCGAACGCCAGCAUUUUGCACUCUGAUGAUGAUGUGGUCUGCUUUUGGGACAUUUAUCCAGCUGCACCGCAGCACUACCUCGUUGUGCCAAAGAAACACAUUGUUAACUGUGCAGCUCUCGACAAGCACGAUGUUUCCUUAGAUCAGAGAGCAGAUCAAAGGUUAUUGUUUUGUUCUAGGUUGGGUUUCCAUUUACCUAAAUUCACAUCAGUAGGCCAUCUCCACCUCCACGUCCUUGCGCCUGCAAGAAUGUGUUAA